GCAGAAGGUACCCGGAGCUGCUGCAUGCCAAGGGAAGGUAGUGCCGGGCACGGCGCAUGCUCGCCGCCAGCAGCGGCCGGACCGGCGAGGGGAGAGAGAGGGAGUGAGGCACUUUUACCAUGCAGCGUUCAGCCAGGACAAAGCCGCUGGCCGCCUCCUGCCCGAGUUAAUGUCUCCGGCGGCGUGGGCUGGCGGGAGAGAGGGGCGCGCCGCUCCGGGAAAGUUUGCGGGCUGUUGUGGGAGCGAGUGCGGGGCCCGGAGCCCGGGCAGGGGGCUUUGUGGCAGGGCGACAGCCCGGCACCGGACCGUGAAGCGCCAGGCACCGUCAUUUGGUGAUUGCUCAAGUGUCAUCAUGAUGAGAUCUACUGCACUACUGGUUUCUUUACUGCUUUUUCAGCUUUUAAAUAGCUGUGAAGGAAAUAGGAGGAAGGAACCCACAUCAUCGAUACAAUUCACACAACACCUUUAUAAUGCUUAUAUUUAUGAGAAUUCUGCUGCCAAGACCUAUUUAGAAAGUCAUCCAAAAAUGGGCAUAUAUAUCACACAUCCAGCAUCAGAGUUUCGAUAUAAAAUCAUUUCUGGUGAUCAUGAAAACUUGUUUAAAGCUGAAGACUACAAUCUUGGGGAUUUCUGUUUCUUGCGUAUUAGGACCAAGGGUGGGAAUUCUGCAGUCUUAAACAGAGAGGUUAAGGACCAUUAUUUGCUGAAUGUUAAGGCAGUUGAGAGAAAAACUAACGCUGAAGCACGGACGAAGGUUAAAGUCCAUGUCUUAGAUACAAAUGACUUGCGGCCACUGUUUUCACCAACAUCGUACAGCGUGUCUUUGGCAGAAAAUACACCUCUGAGAUCCAGUGUGGCCAGAGUCAGAGCCACUGAUGCAGACAUCGGCACUAAUGGAGAGUUUUAUUACAGUUUCAAGGAUUGGACAGAUACAUUUGCCAUUCAUCCCACCAAUGGUGUGGUUACCCUAACUGGCAGGCUGGACUACUCCGAGACAAAACAAUAUGAUUUGGAAAUCCUUGCUGCCGAUCGUGGCAAGAAAUUAUAUGGCAGUAGUGGAACAAGCAGCUUGGCAAAGCUUACUGUUCACGUGGAACAGGGAAAUGAAAAUGCACCAGUCAUCACAGCUGUUACCCUUGUCCCAUCAGAUAUGGAUGAUGAUCCAACAUUUGCAAUUGUAACUGUGGAAGAUGAAGACCCAGGAGUCAAUGGAGAAAUAGCUGCCUUAAACAUUGUGGCAGGAGAUCCCCUGCAUCAGUUCAAGGCCAUGAGAUCAAGUCCUGGUAGCAGAGAAUACCAUAUUAAAGCUGUUGAUCAAAUUGAUUGGGAAAGCCAGUCUUCUGGAUAUAACCUCACACUUCAAGCAAAGGACAAAGGAACCCCCCCUCAGUUUUCCUCUGUGAAAGUUAUCCAUGUGACAUCUCCUCAAUCAAAAUCGUUGCCCUGUAGAUUUGAGAAAAAUGUAUAUGAAGCCAGAUUGAGUGAGUUUGCUCCCCCGAAUUCUCCAGUUGUGAUGGUGACAGCAAAUCCAAUGUAUCCACAGAUCAAGUUUGCUUUCAGAUACCACGUGGAUAAGUUUCAUAUUAACCCUGACACUGGUCUCAUCACUACCAAUGAUUUUAUUAAAGCACAAGAAGCUUCCUCCUACGAGCUUGAAGUUAUAAUUGUUGACAGACAGGCAUCAACGAAAGUAAUUGUUUAUGUGGUAGAUAUGAAUGAUAAUGCUCCUGAAUUCAAGCAGUCGUCAUAUAGGUCCACUGUCAGUGAAAAUGUGCCAGUUGGCACUAGUGUCCUGACUGUAAGUGCCACAGACGUUGAUACCGGUGAGAAUGGAUACGUGACGUACAGUAUUGCCAACUUGAACCCACCACCUUUUGCAAUAGACUAUUUCAGUGGUGACAUCAGGACCUCAGAAGAGCUGGAUUAUGAAUUGAUGCCAAGAAUCUAUAACUUGCGAGUUCGCGCGUCUGAUUGGGGCUCACCUUAUCGCCGUGAAGUUGAAGCACUUGUGACUAUUUUCUUAAGUAAUGUAAAUGACAAUAAGCCAUUGUUUGAGAAAGUGAACUGCAUAGGUACAAUUCCAAGGGAUCUAAAAAUUGGUGAACAGAUCACUACUGUGUCUGCUAUUGAUGCAGAUGAGAUGCAGCUUGUAAGAUAUCAGAUAGUAACAGGGAAUGAAUUAGAUUUAUUUGACUUGAAUCCUAACUCUGGUGUUCUUGUGUUGAAGCGACCUUUUACUGAUGGACCUGGUGUCACAGGUUCCUUUCAUUGUCUACAGAUUACAGCUACAGAUGGAGAGAACUUUGCUACUCCAAUGUACAUCAACAUCACUGUCACAACCAGUCGUAAACAAGUUAAUUUGCAUUGUACGGAAACUGGAGUGGCUAAAUUCUUAGCAGAAAAGCUUCUCCAGGCAAAUAAGAUCCACAAUCGUGGCGAUGCUGAAGAUUUGUUUUCUGAUAAUCAUUCAAUUAAUCGCCAUGCACCACAGUUUGACAGUUCUUUUCCAGGUGUAAUUCAAGUUAAAGAGGACAAGCCAGUUGGAACAAAAUUAUUGUUUAUAAAUGCUACAGAUUUUGACAAUGGCUUCAAUGGGAAAUUGGUCCAUGUAAUUUCUGGAGGUGAUAAUGACAGCAAGUUCAUUAUUGACAUGGAAACAGGAUGGCUAAAAGUAUUCUCUCCUCUUGACAGGGAAAAGAAUGAUCAUUAUACACUUAAUAUAACUGUGUAUGAUCUUGGGAUACCUCAGAAGUCUGCUUGGCGUCUGUUAGAUGUAAACAUACUAGAUGCAAAUGAUAAUAGGCCAGAAUUUCUGCAGGAUAUGUAUUCCGAAGUAGUGAGUGAAAACAAAGAAGUGGGAAGCAAAAUUAUUCAGCUUGAAGCAACAGAUCAGGAUCUGGGUGCCAAUGGAGAAGUCAGAUAUUCUAUUCUGACAGACACAGAUGUGUUUGCAAUUGAUAGUGUAACUGGAAUUGUGACGGUGAAAGGGUUACUCGACAGAGAAAAAGAACCUGUUUACUUACUGAAGGUUGAAGCUAGAGAUCAAGCUGAAGAGGAGCUUCAGCUGUUUUCGACGGUUAUGCUAAAAGUGACUUUGGAAGAUGUCAAUGAUAAUGCGCCAGAGUUUAUUCCCCGAAACUAUCAUAUUAAAAUUCGAGAAGAUUUACCAGAAGGAACUGUUGCAAUGUGGUUGGAAGCCUACGAUCCUGAUGUUGGGCAAAGCAGUCAAGUACGUUAUAGUCUGAUAGACAGUGGAGAAGGGUAUUUUGAUGUGGAUAAACUAAGUGGAGCUCUUCGCAUUGUGCACAAACUAGAUUUUGAGAAGAAGCAGUUCUAUAAUUUGACUGCUCGUGCAAAGGAUAAAGGACGACCAGUUUCUUUAUCUUCAACCUGCUACAUUCAAGUAGAAGUGGUGGAUGUAAAUGAGAAUUUAUAUGCUCCUGUGUUUCCUUUCUUUGUGGCUAAUGGAUCUGUCAGUGAAGAUGUUCCUAUUGGUACAUCAGUAAUGACUAUAACAGCUUAUGAUAAUGAUAGCGGCAGAGAUGGGGAAGUUAGAUAUUCCAUAAGAGAUGGAUCUGGACUUGGAGUCUUCACAAUUGAUGAAGAAAAAGGUAUAAUAAAAACAGCAGACCUUCUGGACCACGAAACUAUUUCACAUUACUGGCUAACAGUCUACGCCACUGAUCUUGGAGUUGUGUCUCUCUUCUCCUUCAUCGAAGUGUAUAUUGCAGUUGGGGAUGUUAAUGAUAAUGCUCCACAGACAUCUGAACCAGUUUAUUACCCUGAAGUCAUGGAGAACUCUCCCAAAGACGUGUCAGUUGUACAGAUUGAAGCGUCCGACCCAGAUUCCAGCUCAAGUGACAGGCUGAGCUAUAAGAUUACCAGUGGCAACCCACAAGGUUUCUUCAUCAUAAAUCAGGAGACAGGAUUGAUUACAACAACAUCACGAAAACUAGACCGGGAGCAACAGGCAGAACACAUCCUUGAGGUAACAAUUACCGACAAUGAUCGCAACCCAAAAACUACUGUUGCAAGGGUUAUAGUGAAAGUUUUGGAUGAAAAUGACAAUAAGCCUCAGUUCUUGCAGAAGUUUUAUAAAGUUAAACUUCCAGAGCGAAUAAAACCAGAUCGGGAGAAAUCCAUUAAGCGGGAACCCAUCUUUAGAGUUGUUGCUGCUGAUAAGGAUGAGGGCCCAAAUGCAGAAGUAUCAUACAGCAUUGAAGAGGGAGAUGAACAGGGCAAGUUUUUCAUUGAGCCUAAAACUGGCGUUGUCUCAUCCAAGAAGUUUUCUGCAGCAGGCGAAUAUGAUAUUCUCACAAUAAAAGUUGUGGAUAAUGGACGCCCUCAGAAAUCAUCUACAGCACGGCUGCACGUUGAGUGGAUUGUGAAACCUGAGCCGCCUUCUGUACCAUGGAACUUUGAAGAACCUUCAUUUUCCUUUAGUGUCAUGGAGAGUGAUCCAAUUACUCAUAUGGUUGGAGUCAUUGCUGUUGAACCAAUUGGAACUACCCUCUGGUUUGAUAUCACUGGUGACAAUCAAACUAGAGAAAUGUUUUAUAUCUUUCAGAUGGCUUGUGAUCUGAACUGUACAGCAGAAGGUGGCAACUAUGACAGCCGAUUUGAUGUGGACAAAGGUAGUGGAACCAUUAUUGUUGCCAGACCACUUGAUGCAGAACAGAAAUCGAAUUACAAUUUGACAGUGGAGGCAACAGAUGGGACAGUGUCCAUCAGCACUCAGGUAUAUAUUAAAGUUAUUGAUACAAAUGACCAUCGACCUGAGUUUUCCAAACCAAAAUAUGAAGUUAGUAUUCCAGAAGACACAAUUCCUGAAACGGUAAUUCUACAAGUUAGUGCCAGCGAUAAGGAUGAGAAGAACAAGUUGAUUUAUACUCUUCAAAGCAGCACUGAUCCAAGCAGUCUGAAAAAGUUCAGGCUGGAUCCUGGUACUGGUGUUCUCUUCACAGCAGAAAAACUGGACCAUGAGACCAAGCAUCAGCAUGUACUUACCAUAAUGGUUCGAGAUCAAGAUGUUCCUGUCAAGCGUAAUUAUGUGAGAGUCAUUGUUAAUGUUGAAGAUACCAAUGACCAUGCACCAUGGUUUACCAGCUCUUCCUACACCGGUCGUGUGUUUGAGUCGGCUGCAGUUGACUCAGCAGUACUUCAGGUUACAGCACUGGAUAAAGAUAAGGGCCAAAAUGCAGAAAUUACAUACACUAUUGAGUCGGGAAAUGCUGGCAACAGCUUUGCCAUUGAUCCAGUGCUGGGUACUAUUACAGUUGCAAAAGGUCUGGAUCGUAGUACCCGGAGGCAAUAUGAACUUAUUGUCAAAGCAACUGAUGGAGGAAGUGCUCCAAUGAGUGCUAUUACUGCUGUUCGCAUUUUUGUGACCAUUUCCGAUAAUGCAGCACCCAAGUUUGCAGUAAAAGAGUACUAUACAGAGAUAAGUGAAGGAGCCAGCAUUGGUAGUUUUGUUACCCUGAUAAUUGCAUCCAGUCAGUCAUCUAUUGUUUAUGAAAUAAAAGAUGGAAAUACAGAUGGUGGAUUUAACAUCAACCCUAACUCGGGAGUCAUCAUUACUCAGAAGGCACUUGACAAUGAGGGACUGGCUUUGUACCGACUUACAGUUCAAGCUACAAAUAUGGCUGGGUUAUCUACUAAUAUCACUGUUGUGAUACAGCUGCGAGAUGAAAAUGACAACAUGCCAGUUUUCAUUCAAUCAGAGUAUGUUGGAAUCAUUAGUGAAGCUGCCCACAUCAACAGUGUUGUUCUGAAUGAACAAAGUACUCCACUGGUAAUUCAAGCCACAGAUGCUGAUGAAGGAUCCAACGCUCUUCUGUUUUAUCAAAUUGCUGAGCCAUCUGCCCAGAAAUAUUUUGCUAUUGAUUCCAGCACGGGUGCCAUUCGUGCAGUGCAGAAACUAGACUAUGAGCAGACAAAUAUUUUUCAUUUCACCGUGCAAGUGCAUGACAGUGGAAACCCACAACUGUUUGCAGAACAUGCCGCAAAUGUUACCAUUCACGUGAUUGAUGUAAAUGAUUGCCCUCCAGUCUUUGUUCAGGAUUUGUAUGAUGUCUCUCUUCUUGUGCCAACGUAUAAAGGCGUGAAGGUGACUGUUGUAGAUGCAACUGAUGCAGAUUCUGAUUCAAACGCAGAUCUAAUUUAUUCCAUAAUCGAUGGUAACAUAGGUGAGAAGUUCUCCAUAGAUGCAAAGACAGCACUUAUCUCAGUGCAGAACACUACCCAUUUGAGAAGCCGGUAUGAACUUACAGUUAGAGCUAGCGAUGGCAGGUUUUCAAGUACAACUUCAGUGCGAAUAAAUAUAAAAGAAAGCAAAGAAAGCAAUCUAAAAUUCAUUCAAAGUUCAUAUUCUGCUGUAGUAAAGGAAAACUCUACAGAGGUUAAAACUAUAGCCAUUAUUACUACAUUGGGCAAUGAAAUGAAUGAGCCAUUAUUUUACCAUAUUCUUAAUCCUGAUAGAAAGUUUAAAAUAAGUCGCACCUCGGGGGUUCUUGCAACUACAGGAAUUCCGUUUGAUCGUGAAGAGCAGGAAGUGUUUGAUGUAGUGGUUGAAGUUAGUGAAGAAAAGAAUCCAUCAAGAGUGGCUCAUGUGGUUGUGAAGGUUACCGUUGAAGACAUCAAUGACAAUGCUCCAAUCUUUGUCAACCUGCCUUAUUAUGCCGUUGUCCAAGUGGAUGCUGAAGUAGGCCAUGUUAUUCGCCAGGUCACUGCUAUAGACAAGGAUAUUGGUAAAAAUGGAGAAGUUUAUUAUUAUCUCAAAGAACACCAUGAACAUUUUCAGAUAGGAUCAUCAGGGGAAAUAUCCCUAAAGAAGAAUUUUGAACCCAACCUGUCAAAUAUGGAGUAUAUUAUUAUUGUUGUUGUGAAAGAUGGAGGGGAGAUAUCACUUUCUGCAGAAGUUGAAGUGCCCAUCACUGUUAUAAACAAAGCCAUGCCUGUAUUUGAAAAACCAUUCUACAGUAUUGAAAUACCUGAGAAUAUUCAGCUGCAUACUCCAGUUGUAUAUGUACAGGCUAAUAGUCCAGAAGGUCCCCGUGUAAUUUACAGUAUCACAGAUGGAGAUCCUUUCAAUCAGUUCACAAUCAACUUCAACACUGGAGUUAUAAAUGUCAUUAGCGCAUUAGAUUUUGAAACACAUCCCGCUUACAAGUUGACCAUAAGAGCAACAGACUCGCUGACAGGAUCUCACUCUGAGGUGUUUGUUGAUAUUGUGGUGGAAGAUGUUAAUGAUAAUCCUCCUGUGUUUGCAGAGAGGAAAUAUACUGCUACUCUGUCUGAGGCCUCUGUGGUGGGUACAUCAGUGGUUCAGGUCACUGCUACAGAUUCAGAUUCUGGUAUAAAUAAAGUCCUUUACUACCAAUUAGUAGAAGAUGAGACCAAAAGCUCCGAAUAUUUUCACAUUGAUAGCUCCAGUGGCCUCAUUUUAACGGCACGGAUGCUUGAUUAUGAGCAUAUUCAGAAGUAUGAUCUCCUUGUUCGAGCCUUGGAUAAUGGAAAGCCGCAACUUAGUAGUGAUGUUGUUCUGACUCUGCACGUCACUGAUUUGAAUGACAACCCACCAUUGUUCAAUGAACUGCUGUACCAAGCAUCAGUAAGUGAGCCCAUAACCCGGGGGCAUUUUGUAACACAUGUGCAAGCCACUGAUGCAGAUGCUUCUGACGUGGACAAACUUCGAUACUCAAUUGUGUCAGGCAACGAUCGUAUGAAUUUUGCAAUAGAUAGCAAGUUGGGCAUUAUUACUAUUGCAAACCUACCCAAGCAGAAUUUGGAGGCAGUUUAUAAUCUUGGUGUAAGUGUAUCUGACGGUGUUUUUAGAAGCUCAGCAAAAGUUCUGGUAAACAUUAUGACUGCUAAUUUCCAUAAUCCAGUUUUUGAUCAAAGUGACUAUGAAGUAGAAUUGGCUGAAAAUUCUGAAAUUGGGACCCUUUUGAUUGAAGUAAGGGCAUCAGAUAGAGACUCUGGUAAAUAUGGACACUUAAGUUAUUCCAUUGUUAAUGACUUUGCAAGAGAUAAAUUUUCUGUUGAUCAAAAAGGAAAAAUUUUCACCUCAGAGAAAUUGGAUCGUGAAAACCCAGUAGAGAAGGUGAUCACUAUCAGUGUUAUGGCAAAAGAUGGUGGAGGCAAAGUGGCUUUCUGCAAUGUCAAUGUGAUACUCACUGAUGAAAAUGAUAAUGUACCUCAGUUCCGAGCUGCAGAGUAUAAGGUAAACAUUGGGUCAUAUGCUCCAAAGGGAUCUUCAGUCAUUAGAAUUGUAGCUUCUGAUGCUGACGAAGGUAGCAAUGCAGAUAUAGUCUACACCAUUGAAGCUGCUUCUGACAAUGUUGAAGAAAACUUUCAAAUUAAUUCAUUUACUGGGAUCAUCAGCACCAAAGAAAGCCUAGUUGGAUUAGAAAAUAAUUUUUAUACUUUCUUCGUCAGAGCUAAAGAUGGUGGAAUUCCACAGCUAGAUUCCGUUGUCCCUGUCUAUGUAAGAAUACUCCAACCAGAAGUUCCCCUUCCAGUAUUCCCAGAACCCUUCUACACGUUCGCCAUCUCUGAGGAAAUGAGCAUUGGAACUGUGAUUGAUUUGAUCAGAGCAGAAAGUGAUCAGCCAUUGAUCUACAGUCUUGUGAAAGGAAAUACUCCUGAAAGCAACAUGGAUAAAAUAUUUGCUAUAGAACGUGAUACUGGGAAACUGAAAACUGAAAAAUCUCUUGAUCAUGAAAUAACCAAAUGGUACCAGAUUACAGUCCUGGCACAAUAUCAUUUUGAGGAAUAUGAGGUAAUUUCUUCUGUGGAUGUAAGUAUUCAAGUAAAAGAUGAGAAUGACAACAAACCUGUUUUUGAUUCAAAUCCUUAUGAAGCUUUUGUUGUGGAAAAUCUGCCUGAAGGAACCACAGUAAUUCAAGUAAAAGCUUCAGACCUGGAUUCUGGAGUGAAUGGCCAGGUGACUUACAGCUUAGCUCAGUCUCAGGAUCUUGAUCAUGUGCUAGAUCUUUUCACCAUCAAUGGUGAAACAGGUUGGAUAACAACCCUCAAAGAGUUAGACCAUGAGAAACAGACGAAAUAUAGUAUCAUAGUGGUGGCAUCUGAUCAUGGAGAACAGGUACAGUUGUCAGCUUCUACAAUAGUGGACAUCACCGUCACUGAUGUGAAUGACAAUCCUCCACGCUUUACUGCUGAGGUGUACAAAGGGACUGUGAGUGAAGAUGACCCACCUGGUGGAGUGAUCGCUAUACUGAGUACUACAGAUGCUGAUACUGAAGAAGUCAAUAGACAAGUUACCUGUUAUAUUACAGGUGGUGAUCCUCUGGGACAAUUUGCCAUUGAGCACAUUCAGAAUGAAUGGAAAGUUUAUGUCAGGAAGCCUUUGGAUAGAGAGAAGAAGGAUCAUUAUCUUUUAAACAUUACAGCUACUGAUGGGACUUUAGUAGCCAAAGCAGUUGUUGAAGUUAAAGUCCUUGAUGCAAAUGAUAACAGUCCAAUUUGCGAAAAGACAUUAUACACCGAGACCAUUGCGGAGGAUGUUCCUUCUGCCAAACUAAUCCUGGUGGUUUUGGCUGAAGAUGCAGAUAUCCGUUCAAAUGGAGAAAUCACUUACACACUCCAUGGAACUGGGGCAGAGAAAUUUAGAUUAGAUUCUGUCACUGGUGAAUUGAAAACAUUAGCUCCACUUGACCGCGAGCAGCAAGCAGUUUAUAAUCUGUUGGUCAAAGCUAUUGAUGGAGGAGGCCGUUUCUGCCAGGCUGAUAUUGUUAUUACGCUGGAGGAUGUGAAUGAUAAUGCACCAGUGUUUUCAUCUGAUCCAUACACUGUAUCCGUCUUUGAAAACACAGCCAAUAAAACAUUGCUGACAAGAGUUCAAGCCGCUGAUCCAGAUGCAGGCUUGAAUCGUAAGGUGCUUUAUUCACUUACGGAUUCAGCAAACGAUCACUUCUCCAUUGAUGAGUUGUCUGGAAUUAUUAGUCUGGAGAAACCAUUAGAUCGAGAACUCCAAGCUUCAUACAGUCUUACUGUGAAGGCCACUGAUCAGGGAGCUCUGAAGAAGCUGUCAUCCGUAUGUACUGUACUGGUUUCUGUGUUGGACAUCAAUGACAACCCACCUGUGUUUGAGCAUAGGGAGUACCUAGCAACACUUCCCGAGAAUAUUCCUUUGGGAACUGAGGUGCUUCAGGUAUUUGCAGCCAGCAGGGACGUGGAGGCCAAUGCGGAGAUUACCUAUUCCAUCAUUAGUGGCAAUGAACAUGGGAAAUUCAGCAUUGAUCCAAGCACAGGUGCCAUUUUUGUGCUCUCAAGUCUGGACUUUGAGACAUCUCAUGAAUAUUAUUUGACAGUUGAAGUCACGGAUGGUGGAACACCUUCACUUAAUGAUGUGGCAACAGUGAAUAUUAAUGUGACAGACAUCAAUGACAACACUCCUAAAUUUAGUCACGAUGUAUACAUGGCAGUGAUAAGUGAAGAUGCUCCUCUGGGACAGCUGGUUGUUACAGUCAUUGCUGAUGAUUCAGAUGGGCCAUCAAACAACCAAAUCCACUAUUCUAUAAUUAAUGGCAAUCAAGGAAGCCCAUUCACCAUUGAUAAUACCAAGGGGGAAAUUAAAGUGGCACAACAUUUGGAUAGAGAAAAAAUUUCUGGCUAUACCCUGACAGUCCAAGCUUCAGACAAUGGUACUCCUUCUCGGUUCAACACAACCAUGGUCAAUAUUGAUGUAGCUGAUGUCAAUGAUAAUCCACCCAUGUUCUCACAGGCAAACUAUAGUGUCAUCAUUCAGGAAAACAAGCCAGUUGGAUCCAGUGUGCUGCAACUUCAAGUGAUCGACAGGGAUUCCUCACACAACGGCCCUCCAUUCACUUUUACAAUCAUGAGGGGAAAUGAGGGGAAUGAAUUUCAGAUAAAUCCACAAGGUCUGCUCUUAUCAUUGUCUCAACUUGACCACAAGAUCAAAGACGCCUAUCUACUGCAGGUGCAGGUAACUGAUAAUGGGCGACCUCCAUUAUCCUCAUCAACAUUCAUAAAGCUUAAAAUUAUUGAAGAAAGUAUUUAUCCCCCAGCUAUUCUUCCUCUGGAAAUCCACAUAACUACUGUUGGAGAUGAGUAUGCAGGAGGUGUUAUUGGCAAGAUUCAUGCAACAGAUCAGGAUAUUUAUGAUACUCUCAGGUAUAGCCUUGCUUCUGACAUGGGAAACUCAUUUGCAGUUUCCAGCACUGAUGGAAAAAUGAUUGCACAUAAGCUUUUGGAUGUUGGACAAUACAUUCUUAAUGUCACUGUCACUGAUGGUCGGUUCACAACAGCUGCUGACGUAUCUGUGCAUGUUAAACAAGUGACAGAAAAUCAGGUCAACCAUUCUAUUGCCAUACAAUUUGCAAACAUUACACCUGAAGAAUUUAUAGGAGACUAUUGGCGUAACUUCCAAAGAGCAUUACGAAACAUUCUUGGCGUCAGAAGGCACGAUGUACAUGUUAUUAGCCUGCAACCUUCUGAACCACCUUCAAAUUUGGAUGUGCUCCUGACAGUCAAUAAAGCAAGCAAUUCUUUCCAUCUGCCUGAAGUUCUUUUCCGUAAGUUGAAUACCUCCGUGGUGGACAUGGAGGAAAUGAUGGGUGUCCGAAUACUAAAAGUCAUUCACAAACUUUGUGCUGGCCUAGAUUGCCCAAUUAAAUUUUGUGAAGAGAAGAUCACUGUCGACAGUAAUACCAUGUCAACACACAGCACUGCGAGGCUGAGCUUUGUAACACCAAGACACCAUAGAACAGCUGUCUGCCUUUGUAAAGGCAGCAAAUGCCCCACCAUACAUAAACUCUGUGAAGCUAAUCUCUGUCCUGCUGAUACUGAAUGUGUACCUGAUGCAAAAGAGGAAAGAUAUACAUGUUUAUGUAAAAAUGGGAAUCAGGGCCAGUGCUCUGGUGGUUCCUCUCUGUCAUUCAAUGGUAAUAGUUAUGUGAAAUAUCGACUCCUGGAAAAUGAAAAUAAAGAGGAAAUGAAACUUUCUCUGCGUUUACGGACUUAUCAUCCGCAUGCGAUUGUCAUGUAUGCUAGAGGAACAGACUACAGCAUUCUGGAAAUUAACAAUGGAAGAUUGCAAUACAAGUUUGACUGUGGCAGUGGUCCAGGAACUGUGUCAGUGCAGAGCAUCCAAGUCAAUGAUGGUGAAUGGCAUUCUGUAUCAUUGGAAGUUGAUGGAAAUUACGCAAGAUUGGUUCUUGACAGAGUCCAUACAGCAGCUGGUACUGCUCCAGGCACCCUGAGAACACUAAACUUAGACAAUUUUUUGUAUUUUGGUGGCCAUAUCCGACAGCAGCGCACAAAACAUAGUAGAAACCCGCAGGUCAGCAAUGGCUUUAGAGGGUGUCUGGAGUCAGUUACGCUAAAUGGGCAAGAGUUACCUUUGAACAGUAAGCCAAGAGUUUAUGCAGUCAUGGAAGAAUCUGUUGAAAUGUCUUCUGGUUGUUCAUUAAUGCUUGCAGAAGGCUGCUCAAGCAGUCCGUGUCUGAACAGUGGCACAUGUUCUUCACUGCCCAAUGGAGGCUACUUCUGUAAAUGCACUUCUCUGUUUAUGGGUAUUCAUUGUGAGAUUGGUGUCAGCCCUUGUGCUUCUAACCCGUGUCUGUAUGGUGGAACUUGCAUUCCUGUGAACGAUGAUUAUAUCUGCCAGUGUAGAGGACAAUAUACAGGACUAAGGUGUCAAGUGGGUCCGUACUGCAAAGAUAAUCCUUGUAAAAAUAACGGCAAAUGUAUUGAUAGUCUUGAUGGUCCUGUUUGUGAAUGUGAACCAGGUUAUCGUGGAGAGAGGUGCUUGGCUGAUAUUGACGAAUGUCAUGAUAGCCCUUGUCUUAACAAAGGCAAGUGCGAAAACACAUAUGGGUCCUUCAACUGCAAUUGCAGUCAUGGCUUUGUUGGAAAACUUUGCGAUGAUACCGUCGUUAACAAAUAUGUAUCUACACCCUGGAAUAUUGCUUUAGAAGAAGUUAUUGGAAUUAUAGCCUUCGUAGCAAUCAUAUUUGUCCUUGUUUUAUUGUUUGUCUUCUUCCGUAAGAAGAUUUGUAAAAAGAAGCAUCAUAAUGACGCCAAUGAAAAACGCAUUGGAGCUACCACUUCUUUCUUGCAGAAGAACUACUUUGAUUCUAAAAUGAAUAAAACAAUCUAUUCAGACAUUCCACCUCAGGUGCCUGUUCGUCCAAUCUCUUAUACUCCAAGUAUUCCAAGUGACUCUAGAAACAAUCUUGACCGAAAUUCUUUUGAAGGAUCUGCUAUACCAGAGCAUCCAGAGUUCAGUACCUUCAAUCCUGAUUCUAUGCAUGGACAUCGGAAAACUGUGGCUGUUUGCAGUGUUGCUCCAAACCUACCUCCUCCUCCUCCAUCCAACUCUCCAUCAGAUUGUGAUUCCAUACAAAAACCCAGUUGGGACUAUGAUUAUGAUGCAAAAGUGGUGGAUCUUGAACCCUGUCCAUCAAAAAAGCCUCUUGAGGAUAGUGCUUGCCAUCCUUUUAACACCCGGGGAAGCAUCUCAGAAGUCCAAUCUCUCAGUUCUUUCCAGUCCGAAUCAUGUGAUGACAAUGCUUCCAUAGUGACUGUAAUACACCUUGUCAAUGCAGUUGUUGACUCGGUAGAAAAAGAAGAAACUUUUGCGGGUCAUGACCUCAAGAAUCCAAGAGCAUAUCACUGGGACACGUCUGAUUGGAUGCCGAAUGUUCAACUACCUGGCAUCCAGGAAUAUCCACAGUAUGAGGUAACCGAACACCCAGCCCCACUUUAUUCUGAUCCUAAUGCCAUUGACACAGACUACUACCCUGGAGGGUAUGACAUUGAAAGUGAUUUCCCACCACCUCCAGAUGAUUUCCCAAUUCAUGAUGAACUGCCACCAUUGCCCCCGGAAUACAAUGAAUUUGAUUCCAUACAGCCUCCACGGGACAUGCCCACUGCUGGAAGUCUGAAUUCAACUUCACAAAAUAGACAGCAUUUUAACAUGAACCAGUAUCUACCCCACCACCACUAUUCAGCGGACCUCUCAGAACGUCAGAAUGCAGUCCCUGCAGGAAGCAACUACCGGGGGACCUACCCAUCCUACUCCUUAACGUAUAAUGAUGACUUUGAAGCACCCAGCAUGGAUAACAUAUCUAUGUCUGUGUACACAUCUACCACCGCCUCUUGCUCUGAUGUCUCAGCGUGCUGUGAGAUGGAAGAAUCUGAAGUCAUGAUGAGUGACUAUGAAAGUGGGGAUGAAGGCCACUUUGAUGAUGUAACUAUUCCACCACUGGACUUUCAGCAACACACAGAAGUCUGACAAUUCAUACAAAAUUAAAGUGCCUGGGCUUUAACCGGACUGCACCAUGCAACAGCUUCUAUAUUGACAAGUAUUCUAUGUUAUUUUGCAUAUUGGUUUGCAAGCAUUGUUGGUGAGCUAAUUCCAGCAUGGCUGCAGUGGAUCAUGCAGCAUGUUUCUACACAUCAGCAGUUUCUUUCUCCUGAGCUACUGGAACUGAAUUUAACAACUUACAUUUUCAUUGGCUGUGCCAUUUCAGAAUGUGGUUUUGUAUCAGUAUCAACAUGCAAAGUAUUGAAGGAUUUUGAUAUUUGGCAAUAUAGUUCACAACAUCUUUUCAUUGUGGUAUUGGUCUGUAUUUAUGUAGUUCUAAUAAUACAGAGAUUAAUUUUUUAAAAGAAUUUUUCUUGUCCUGCAGUUUUUCUUUGUAAAUUUAAUGUACAGUUCUGAUUAAAUAGUUUAAACUAGGGUUUUGUAGAUAUGUGGAUUUGUUUCCAGAAUUUUAGUGCUGUUCAAGUGUGUUAAUCACUUGCUUUGCCAUUGGCAUACCCUGAUAGUUACGUACAAACUAGUGAUUGGGGUUGUACUCUUAACUUUAUUAUUUCCAGUCAAUUUAAACAUUCAUCAUAAACAUUUUUACCAAAUGUACCAAAAUGCCAAGUUGAUAUGAAUGAGUGGGUUUAUUCUGCUAUGUUUGGGUCUGAAACAUGAAAAUGUCUUUAACAGUGAAUGAGUGCAUUUUUUAAUUGUAAAUUGUGUGAAUUUAUUUUUCAGUAAAAGGGGACCUACUGAAUUUUUAGAACCAAAACUUUGCAUAACAUGACAAUGACUUUCUAAAGCUCUCUGUGGUGCAAUGGUCCUGAAAAUUUUUUUUAAUGAAACUUCCAUUAGCAUACACUUACUUUCGCAUUGGUAAUAAAUUGUGGAAAAUUAAUUGCCUUGUGCUGUGUCUUUAUGAAUUCAAAUUGAGUUGAACUUUGCCA